UCACACCCUCAUCAAAAUACCUACCCCCUCCUCAGCCCUUCCUUCCUCUCCCCCUCUCUCAUAUCCCCGCGCGCGCUCACAACUCUCUUUUCUUAUUUUAUUUUUCAUUUCCCUCAGCUUACUCUUCUUGCUCCAAGACUAGAGACACUCAUCACACUACACGCGCACAUAUACAAUACAUACCAUCGCAUCAUGAUGUCCAAAACCCAUAUCGCAUACCAUAACCAUCACUUUGCUGCAGCCGCAGCGACGAUAGUCUCCCCACUUCCCUCCCCAGCCAUGUCCCUGAACGACAGCAUCAACCCCUGGGCCAAUAUCGUCACACCUGUCCCCUCAUCACCGGCCCUUGCAGCCCCAACAGGGGUCCUCGCCAAGGACCUCUCCCCGCCCUCUGUAGUAUACUCGAACACCGCCCAGCCCACCAUCUCCUUUGAUGGCAGCUGUCAACCCAAGAAUGUCAUCAACGAUGUCUUCCUAUCCUCGACCAUGCUCUACGACGACGUGGAGCUGUACCUGAACGAGUCGUCGUCAAGCAGUUUUGAUAGCGACUCGGACUCUGGGUUCAGCACACCCUCUCAGCAGGAGGAACAGCAGAGCUGCUUCUCGACCCCUAUGACGCCCAUGUCUCCUUUCAUGGAGAACGACGCUGAGGAUGAGCUCUAUACUGUCGAGGAGGGCAGCGAGCAGCCCCUCCCCGAGCAGCAAGAGCCCUCGGAAGAAACCACGCCUGCUUGUGAUGGUAAUUUUCAUAUUUUUGAACUCGUCCCCCCCACAUUCAGUUUACGAUUCUUGGUGAUUCUGUCUUUAUAUCGUGUACGCCAUCCCCUCAAUUCAUCCUUCUGCCGCCUGCUUCGUUUCUGAAAUGGCACUGCUCCUUAUGCAUCCGUGCUCCCCUCCCCUCGCUCGACUCCCGUUUAUAUCCCCUUUCUCGUUUGCCGCACGCAUCGUCCCCCUAGUUCUCCUAGUAAUAUCCUGCCUAUUCCUGAU